AUGUCUGAUAAUAUCCUGUGGGAUCUACCAGCUCUCCGGGCCACUGUCACGCCUGACUGUUUAAUGGCGCUCCAGUCGCCCAUUCCCUUUGUGACCACCUGUGGCGGCCAUAGCGCCUGGUCGACGAUCGGUGUGGAGGGAAUAAUUAUCGACCUUAGUGGCUACGUUGAUGUGAGUGUGGAUACAGAUACAAAGACCGCUAAUUUUGUCAGCAGGGCUCUAUCCAAACAAGUGGGCAUGCGUCUGGCCGAAGCAGGUCUGUUCACAGUCGGUGCGAUCUCCUAUUUUCUCGGCGGUGGGGUCUCCAUCACGUCCUCAAUCACAGGGUUUGGGUCCGAUCAAAUCGUGUCCGCGCGGCUUAUCACGGCUAAGGACGGUGGGAAGCUGAUCGAGGUGGCGAACGAAGAGCAUCCUGAUCUCCUGUUGGCUCUGCAAAAGGGCCUGAUUUGGAUCGGAGCUUUUAUCUUCCCACUCGAACGGGCAACGGAGGUGGCUCCAGUGAUGAAGAGACAGAUGGCAGAUGCCCGGUAUGAGGUUGCAGGCUUGAUGAUGAUCGGUACUCCACCACCCACUCGCACUCCAUCCCUGGUCAUCGCCGCGCGGUACACCGGCGCUGAGGAACCGCAAGUCCCCUUGAAAGCACUCUAUGAUCUGCAACCCAUGGUUGCCACCGGAGGUGACGUUCCCAUCCAGAACGCCAGCGACGCACGGGAAGUCCUGUGCGCAAAGGGUGAUUUUAAACAGUUCGGUGUGGUCGGAUUACAUGAGUUGAACGCUGACGGCCUUGUACGCACUAUCAACACCUGGAAGAAAAUGGUGCAUGACUGCCCCGAUGCCAUCAAGACUGGGUUUAACUUUCAAUGGGAUUCACGGCCAGUCAAGACGCCCGAGGUGGAGUCGGCUAUGUCCUUGCACGAUGUCCGAUACUGGCAGAACAACUUGAUCUGGCAUGCAGAGGUAAGGAACAGUGGUAAGGUGGGGGCGUACAACAAUGAGUGCAUCUCCAUCAUGCGCGGUGUCGAUCAGUCACACUUCGUGGACUUUGAGAAUGACACUCGCAUCGGGCCCAUCGAGAGACCCUAUCGCGGGCAGACUCACUUGGAGAAGCGACGUAGAUUGAAAAUAGAGUGGGAUGCGCAAGGUGCGUUUACUAGGCAAAUGCUCGAUCGACCGUAUCGGAGCAUAUUGUCGCCAGAUAUGGCAUUGGCAAGGGAGAUAAGCAGCUGA